GUGUUUGCCUGGGAGUGUGUCCACAGAGUAAUACCAAAUAGCUGGCUUAAUAGCUGUAUUUUUAUAUCCCUGUACAUACAUCUGUAUCUAUAUAUAUAUACCUCCCAGUAUUGUAUUCUGUUAUAAAAGCUUUUCCUGUGCCAUGCUUAGCCCCAGAGGCUCUGGUCUGCAAGAUCAUUCGAAAAUUGUGCUGUGUUCACAUUUAGCAUGAUGGUGUUUUGUUUUGUUUUUUAAACUCUUAACAGUUUAUUGAUGGGGCCUGAACAAACUGCUGCACCUUCAGAGGACUCAAUUAGCUUUUGCCAGGCUCAGUGUGUUUGCAGCAGGCAGCCCAUGCAUUAGCAAUUGCAGGAUGGGAGCUAUAAUGAUUUUCACCUACUGACGGCUCUGUGAACAUUAAUUUUGACAACACCCUACAAAGUAGGAAAGUGUGGUUAUCCCCACUUUAUUACUGAGCCCACCAGAGGAAGGAUUAAAGCCUCGAUCACACUGAUAAGUGUGCAUGUGUUUAGCUCUAAAACAGUAGGCAGACCUAAGUGUUUAACUGGAAGAGCCUUUUUCAGCAAAGUUAAGAAAAUAUGUUUUGAGCUAAUUUUCUAAGUGAGUAGAAGAUUUCCAUGUCAAAGCUAUGUUUUGGGUCUGGGGUGCUUGAUUCUAGCUUGUUCAUACUUCAGCACACCACUUUCAAGUAAACUUCCAAUUCUUCUUUUUAUUAAGUACUACAAUGAUUACUUGAGAUACAAUAGCAAAAUUCUUAGCUUUCAUAUUUACAAUGAGGUUGCUGACAGUCAUGUGGUUUUUUGCUGUGAAUUCACUUCAGUUUUGAUGUUAGUGUGGGUCAGAUGUUUUAUUUUGCUUUUUUCGUUACUGUUUUUGAAUGCAAAUUUUGUAUUGAAUUAUGUUCUGUAUAGUUAUAACACACAAGCUCCUUAGCUGAGAUUCAGGUGUCUGUCUUGGGUGCCCCACUUCUCUGUAAGAGCAUAUGUGAAUUAGUUAAAUCCAACAGGAGUGAUGUCAGGAGAAACAGUUCUCCUGCCUUUGUUUUUGUUGGUUUUUUUUGUUUUGUUUGUUUUUUGGUGGGUUUUUGUUUUUGUGUUUGGUUUUUUUUUUUUUUUUUGCAACCUUUUUUGGAAACCGUGGCUGUGGCAGCUCACCCAGCCAUGAAAGGGGCCAGUGUGCUCUUCCUCCUGCCUGGCUGGAGGUGAAUCUCCCACUGCUCUAGGCAAGCCAAAAUGUCCUUGAGGGAAGCUCAUGGGCUCCCUCGCAGCCUCGUGCUCCAGUACUCUCUCAGGCACAGACUGCAGGCUCUGGGGCUACAUUCAGGUUUUGCAGGGAGCUGGGAUUGGUUUCAUUCUAUCCUCUGUCCUGAGCUGCGGGAAUUGGUUUGUGUCCAGCUCUACAAACGGAGCACUGCAUGGGCAGCUCAGGACCAUAUUGCACAUGGUGCCGUAUGGGGCUGGCGCAGUUGCUGCUGAGCUCCUGUUCCUUUCUCUCCGGAUGCUCAUAAAGCUCUCCUUUAAUUUGUCACUUGUGGAGAGCACAUUUUAAUAAAUAAUAAACAGGAAAUCCAACUUCCUUUAUUUCAUUUUUUUUUUUUUGAGUUUGCUCAUGAUCUGUUACUGUUAAAGAUAAAUGCCUCUGCUAGAUGGGAAUAAAAACAUUGAUGUAUGUUCAUGGGCUCUGAGAUAGCAUUCAAAGCAGUUACAGGUUGUUUUGUUAACCAUGUCUUUCAGUUUUGCUCUUGAAACAGGACUGGCAAGCAAUAAAUUCAAACUUCAACAUUCACAGUAUUUCUGGUUCUGAUGAAUAGACACAGCAAGCCUAGCUAUUUUUUAAUAUUCCUACUAUGAUGAAAUAAGUUUAGCUGAAUGAUUCUGGAGAGAUGAACAAUUUUGGCAUACUGAGCAAGGAAAAGGGAACUGUAUGAUGCUAAUUAUGCCUCAGGUGGUGCUGUAGUUGGAAUUUCCUGUAAAACGGUGUUCUUUUCAUAAUAUAGCUGAUACACAUGAAGCAAUAUGGAAGUGUCAGUCAUGCAAAUUGAGGCGUUUGUACACACAUUUCCAAAAGUCUUGUGCUAUUUUUCAGGUGCCAAAAUAGAGGCUGAGGAAAGUUGCUGGAGUAGUAUUGUGAUCUGGCAGACAGUGACUCUUGUCAGAUGAGAUUACAAGAUGAUCUUGUAAAAGGGUUAAAUUUUGAGAAAGUAUUGGGGAAAAACAGAAAGGAUUUAUUAGUGUAUUUGAAAUUGUUUUCUGUUCAGACAGUAGAAGAUUGAUGACAUAGCAGCAGCUUUUUUUUUUUACGCUGAAUCCAGACCUCUCAAGCAUGUUCAUAUUCUGCAGUAGAAUCUGUUGGAUAUCUGUCCACAAAACUCCAGAUCAUUACAGCUGAAAAACUUAGACUGGAAAAAUGAGUGUCAUGAUAAGAAGAACCCAUUGUUUUCCAAGUCUCUUUUUCCACGACUUAGUUUGACAAGUUCAAAACAGCCCUCCUGUGAAUACAUGACAAGAAUCUGAAAAAUUUGAGCUCAAGUCCUCUGUCUUUAACUAUGCUGGUACUUUACUCUCAGAUAUUUUAAAAACUAGCUACUGGUUUAAAUUUGUUCCUGGUGAGCACUUUGGUAGGAAUAUAUGUGUGAAAAUGCUCUGAAGAGUCCCCCAGCUGCGUGCAAACAGAACUAAAUGAACAGCAGAAUUCUGGGGUUUAAUUUUUUAUGUUCUGGAAAACUCUCCCGUGGACAGACCAACUACAUGACAUUUCAGCCUGCUUUGAGAAGGUGAAGGUUAGUAACUGGGAGAAAAAAAAAGAUAAUUAUGAUAAAGGUUGACACCCAAUCUAAAUAGAUAUUUGAAAGCUCUUUAACAAUUGCAUCCUGUCAAAUUUUUCGAUGUAGGAAACUAUUCCAUGCAAAGUAAGAUGCUGAAUGCUGGCGUAUUUCCAUUGAGUGGCACGAGUCCAUCUCAGUUCUGGUACCUGCUUGACACAGUAUAAUAAAAGAAGAAGAGUUGGCUGAACAAAACAUGGAAUUGUUUGGUUCUAUUAAGAAAUGUCACCAUUUAUCUAAGUAAAACUAUUAAGCCAUAACCUGCAUUUUUUCUUUCACCUUGGUGUAUGUCAAGGGUAAAAGCUCAAACCAAUCCUUUCUAUGUAUAUAAUCAUGGAGUGCAGUUAAUUACAAUCAUUUUUAAAAGAGUCUAUUAAGAAAUCAUAGCAGAUGAACAACCACUAAAGUAGAAAAUCCAAUGCAUUAAGAAUUACAGGCUUGCCAUAUAAACUUUAAAUAGCAUUUAACAACACUUAGAAGAACAUUAGGAGCAACUUAUGUGUUGUGGCAGUAUUCACAGAAAUGAAAAUUAGAGGAAAAAAGUACUGUAACUGUACCAAGCCGGCAUCCUUCUCAUUAAGAGAGAACAUUGACUGUCACUGUGGAGCAAGGCAAGCCUUUGCAUGAUGUUCUGACAAAAUGGCUGAUGUUAAAUAAUAGUUUACAAAUUAGUAAGUGACUACACAGUACUGCAAUGUAGUUGUUUGUGUGGAAAAAUGUUUUGCCUUCCACUGAAUGAAUACAAAAUAAUAGAAGAACCCCAAACUAAUCUAUUGUCCUAGAGGGAGAUAAAGUGGGUCUAACUAAGUUAUCUGAGUUCUUACGUAGCGCUGCAGCUGCCACAAAGCAGCCCUAGCAGGCUGCUCACUAAAGCAUUGGGCAGUUGAGGCCUAUUGGCCAUUGCAGGUACCUAAACAGCAUCAAGCACAGAUCUGGAGGAGCUCGGUGAGGGAGGAAGAGUUGUCUGAAAUAAAAAUGUAUGUUUGCAAACAUGACUGUAACAAGAGCCAUGCAAGCUUAGAUUGAAGACCUGCCUGUCUGUCUCUUGGCAUAGGUCAGUAGGGGAUGGCAGAGUGUAAAAUGCCCCAAGUGUGGAGCUCUGCAGGAGCUGCAGACUGAGGCAGCAACAGGAUGCACCCACACUGCCACAGGCUCUGCAGGACAGGCUGCACUGCUCAGCUGGGUGUUUAGUUUCCAAAGAAAUGGAACUGUUUGCAGUGUGUAAAGCCGUUGGAUGAGAAAUUGGGAAGUUUUAACUGAUUGCCAUAAUAUCUAGCCAUUGAAGUAGGUUUAGGGAGAGCCUUUUUUUAAUUCAGUGGACAAUUGUUAGCUAUUAGCUGGAAAUAUGCUAAUGGAUCUAAUAGGAAUAAAAUAAGAAAGUUUGAACCAUUUCUAUGGAAUCCUAUCACAUUUAAUAGGCAGUGAUAAUCCUUCUAUAGUUUUUUUAAUCACUGUCAACUUCUAGAGAAGUAAUAUUUUUCCACUGUCAAAUUUCAUAGAUUGGAAAUGUCUUAAAAUUGUAAUUUCCAAUAAAUUCAUGUAGACUUUUUCAUAGGAAUGCAUAUAUUGCUAUGAGUACUCAAUUAGAAAGUUUUUAAAAGGAAAAAAAUAUUAAAGUAGAGCCUUCUAAGACACAGUCUUCAUGGAAUCAUUCAGUGAAAAGAGUCUUGCUUAUGGUACCUUGAAAAAUGUUCUGUCAGAAGAAAAUAUUGUAUUUAAGAUAGAGAUUAAGAGAAUGGUAAUCUUUAUUGGGAAAGGAAAAAAUGUAGUGUUUUUUUUUGUUUGGUUGGAGUUUUUUUUUAAAAGGUUUAAAAGUCCAACUGGUAUGGUGGAAAGAGAGACCUGCUGUAUCCUGGCAAUAUUUUGUGACCGCUAGGAAGGGCUGAGGAGUACAUGUGGGGAUUUUGCUGUGGUUGUCCUUUGCCUGAAAGAUCCUGUGGUCCUGCUGAUGGGGUGCUUGACAGGGAGAAUGUUUGUGGGACACUGUGGUUGUCUGCAUCUUUUGAGGGUCAGCUUUGCACUGUCCUUGCUCUCUCACCUGAUCUGGACCUUUUCCUGUCUCAUGGUGGUGGUUGGGGUUGAUGUCAGAGAUGGAGAGGCAGCAAGUGCAGUUGUGUUAUGUUUGUAAGAGUUGUACGUCUGCCAAGUCAAUCGCUUUUGGAGAGAGAACUAGAAUAUAUGACUGGAAGAAACCAUCAUGAGUUUAAGUUGCUUUUGUAUCAUUUCAGUUGCUGUUCAUCGUUUGCAGGCUGGCUUUUUAGAAGGAAUCUUUGUGUUGCUUAUACAAUAACAGCCUCAUUCAGGAAACUCAUGUUUCAAUAGUGUUUAAAUAAGUAGAUAAAGAAGCUUCAACUUUUUGAAAGUGAGAUUUUCCCCCUAGAUGGAGUGUAGCCAUGUUAAUAAUUCCUGUUGAGCAUCUCUGGUGUAGAGUACCUGGGGAGGUGUUGGUUGGCUGGUGGGGGGCUUUUGGUGUUUUGUUGUGGGUUUGGUUUAUGGUUUUUUUACUUGUUACGCCAGGUAUUGUGAUUUGGAAAAAGCAGUUAAGUUUUCAGCACUGUACAAAUCUUCCUUUUGGUCAAGUUACUUGAAAUCUCUCUUCUUAAAAUGGAAGUUUUUGUGUCAACUGAAGUCUGGCGCUUUGACAGUCAUUAGAAUGUGAAGUAAUGAAUUUAUUAAUUUCUAAUGACAAACAAAACAUUUUCAGUAGCACUUCAAUGCAUUGUGGAAAGUCAAAGAAUAUUCCCUAAUAUCCUGCUACUGAGACUUACAUUUCCAGAUAUCAUUAAAUAUUAAGAAUUGACUCCAAGUACAUCAGUAUUGGGAAUCACUUUGCACAACUUUUAUGCUUCACUCUUCUUGCAGGUUGGUAAUUGGAGUAUUUAAGCUUACUCUUCCUCACUUUAUUAGAAAAUGCUAUUUUUUAGCAAUUAAAAAAUACUAAAGCAGAUCAAGCAGUUAUUUUGACAAAGAGCUUGAAACAUUCUUGCCUAAAUUCCACAAAUAAAAAAGCCAGCUAAAUUAUCACCCUGAGCAGAUUUUCUCAGGGACCUCAGUCAACCUUUAUAAAGGAUAAUUACACUGGUGUUUUAACAUGGGGCAAAGGAAAUGAUAAAAUUAGGGCAUAAGAGACACUGGUCCUAUUUUGAGAACACAGUAGAAUAAUUGGUAAGGGAUUUUUACUGCUGUUUUGUUAUACAGAGGGGUUUUUUUUUACUUUCACAUGUUUGGAUAUCUUUUUCAGGCUCUUAAGCUCUGUGUUUAGUGGCAUGAAUCUGAGAGAGAUCUCCCAAUGUAUUAAUAGUACGCUUUUGAAGUUGUGGAUGUUCGUGGGUGUUUUAACAUUGCAGCUUCAGUCACCUCUCCCCUCUCUGACUCUUCUUAUAUUCUGCCUUACUUUCUUUGCAGAAGGAUAUUUAAAAUUAAUUCUAAAAUUAAUCUAAAAUUUUUUAAACAAAUUCAUAUAAUCUUGUUUAUGCUUUUUAAGGUCUCCUGUGAUUAAUUUAAAACUCAAAGUUAUUUUGCCAGGAGUUGUUCCCUGCAAAAUACAGGCAUGAAUUCAUAGUUCUGUUUUGGUUUAUUUUUCAGGAUUUGUUUGACAGAAUUUCACCUAACACUCUAUCCAAACCCACUAGCUUCACUUAAUUUCAGCCCCACAUUACAUCAUUCGACCCUAGGAGAAGUUUCCUCCAUUUCAACAAAUCGAGCCCAAGUUUGUGUGACAGUGGAUAGAUGAGGUGAGCUGAUGAGGGUCUGGGAGGCAUUGCAAUCAGAGUGGCAGGUGAGGCAGCUCUCAGUGAAUGGAUUUGAAGGACUAAAUGUGAGGGUUUGGAAAGGAGGAAUUGUUAUAGUGGAUUACAGCUGAAGUCCGUCAUGAAAAUAUCUCAAGUUUGUCAGUAGCUAUCAGAAAACACAUUAGAGAAAGGUGUAUGGAAAUCAUGGUAGCAAUCAAAAUCAAGCUGUGUGAAAAGAAUUCUAUCAAUUAAGUCUAGAUCUGUUUCACAAAAUCUGCACUUCCUAAAGAUUUCUGUUGGUAAUCUUAACAUGCAACAGUUUAUUGUGGUAUAAUUGAAAUGUACAUACAUCACCAGGCUGGUAUGAGUUUUCUUUUCCCUUUUUUCCCCGCAGAUGUGGAUUAAAUGCAGUUAGACAAUACAUUCCCUGUGAACUAUGAGUUAUCUGUCAGCAGAUACUGAGAAUAAGAUGAAGAGCAAGGACUAUUUUUAGUGUAAUCAAACAGCUUAAUUGAGUUUGGGAUAUUUGCUUUGAGUUGGAUACAGUGGCAGGAAAAAAUUGUAGGGAAAGGUGAACCUGCCUGUACUAAAAUUUGCCCUCAAUGUGGAUGCUCUUACAAGGACUGGAUAGCUGCAGAGGACCCACUUAUGUUGUAAAAAUAUACAUGAUUCAUUUCAAUUGGUCUUUUAAGUUUUUAAAAUCACAUUUGUCCUCUUGCUGCACUGUUUUUGCCAGUGUAAAGAUCAUAGGUUUUAUUUGAUUAUAUUUUGGUAAUCUCUUAAAUGAGACUGGGUCACCUUGCACCAUGCAACAUUUCACUUCACUGCUAAAACUUAAUGCCAUCUUUUUAUCUCUCACUGAGUGGAUGUCAGAGGACACAACAUUAAUAUAAGACAGGCGUCUCUAAUAUUUCAUGAAUGGCCUUUUAAAAAAAACCCUCAAAAAACAAACCUAGGAAGUAAAAAUUGACACUAGGGUAGUGAAUUUAGUCACCUUUCUCAAAUGUUGAAUGGUUUUCCAUUUAUGUAUCUCAUCUUUUACAAGACCUAUUCUUUGUCCGAUAAGGCUAUUAAAAAGCACAAGUGAUUUCCUUAGAUUGAAUAUAUUGUUUUCCUUAUGGAAUAGGGGGAUUGAAAGAUUUCCAUGAACAAGUGGUCAAAAACUGAAGAUAAUAUCCCAAAAUAAGACCUGUAGCUUUUUAGUGGAUUAAAGUUCACUAUUAAAAACUGGAACACCUGGGAUUUGGUGCCUUUUUUGGUGCCUUUUUUUGUUUACUUCACUUUCAGUGCCUUAAAAAUUAGUUUAUACUUUCCAACUCUAUAGGGCUAUCAGGUAGGUUAAAUCAGGACCUGAUAAAGCAUUCUAAAAAAGUGUGUGCUACUAGUAAAUUAUGGAGUGUUUGCCUCCUUUUUUUGUGUGUGUUUGUCAAAUAUACUAUUCCAGAAUCAUGUGGCAAUAUCUACAAAUGUGAAUAGCUAUGUGUAUAUUUAUACUUUUUUUAUGUUAUACAUCUAAAAUUUAUUUAGAUGUAUCAAAAUUUUGUGUUAAGUACAGUUUUUUGUAGCAGUAUCUCUUCAUGCUAAUUUUUAUAUAUGGUAGAAAAUACUUAAUGCUUACCUGCUAAGACAUGCAAGAUUGAUGUAUUUUUUUUCAUUCUCUGAUACUUAGGGUUAGGAAAACUCUUGUGAAAUUCUGAAUAUAAUGUCUAAUCCUUAACUGGACUAAUUGUGACAUUAGAUUAAAGCAUUACAGAAAGGGACAGCUAUGGUUGUGUGCAGGACUUGAGCAGAAAUAAUCAUCUUAUUGUCCAGAUCAUGUACUGAGAGGAUGCAUUCAUGUUUCAACUCUAAAUACACAUGUCCAAAACUUGAUUAAGCUACUAGUGAAAAUUGAUAUCUAAUUUAUAUGUAGUAGUUUGGGAAAACAAGAGUGGGAGAGACCUCUGGGAUCAUCAGUCCAGUCAUCUGUUCCUGCAGAUAGUAUGCCAUAUGAUUUCUUCUCUAAAUUUGCUGGGUUCCAUAAAUUUACGUGGCUUCAUGCUUAACAUUGAUUGUCUCCACAAAAUUUAUUUUUUAUUUGGCAAAAAUCAGUGUUAAUUGCACUUACAUUGACAUAGUAGAAAAUUCAGCUAGAUAUACUGGUUAGGUAAACAGUUUGAUCGGGUUAAUUCAUCCCUAGUUUCUAAAAUAAGUGUGCAAAGAACUGCCACAAUUUUUUUCCCUCCUCACAAUUCUGCUGUCUUUUAAGUUCAGAACAAAUACAGAUCUACCUUCAGGAUUGUCCACGCCCCCUCCCCCCAGUCUGGUUUUAACAUGGUCCUUGAUUUCUUUAUAAAACGUUGGCUAAAAUAGGUGGCUUUCCAGGCAGAUGUUUGCGAACUAAUAGGUGACCUUUAUGGCAACCAAAUGUCACUGUUAAAUUUCUGCAGCCCUUUAGAGUCAAUAACUAGGUGGAUUUUCUUUUGGUUUUUUUUAUGUUGAUUAUUUUUAAUUCUCAUAAGCAGAUGUAAAAAUCUCUCACGUAUGACAAUAUGUAGAUUUGUGGCAGUCCUGAGAGGACCUUGGGUCCGUCAGCCAGAGGCUUUAUUAUGUAAUGCUGCAUAAAUGCUGUAUUUUCAUCUGUGACAGAUAUAGUCUUGAACCUGUAUUUUUCAUGUUACUUAACUGUUUCAGAAAAUCAUGUGUGAGAGAACACAUCAAAAUGGAAAUUGCUUCUAGAGAGGCAGCGAUAAAUAUUGGUUGGGUAUAUUGCAUUGUUGGGCUCCAUGUGUUUCAGGAUGUUCUCAAUUCUCUUGCCCUAAUCAACACUGUAAAUACAUGCUGCAUUUUCUGGUCAUCUAUUUGUUGGAUUAACAAUUUGGACCUUGCAGUUCCUACUAUAUGUUUUGAUUCUUUAGUGUAUAUAGUCGUGGUUAUAUAAGAGUGUCCUCUAACAAAAUUACUCUGAAACCUUCUGUCUUUUCCAGCUAUUCAGAGAAGGAGAAAUCAUGUAAAUUCUGUGCAUUAUAUGUAUAGUUCACUUGUAGGUACUUCAAAAUUAGGUAGUUAAACUGAGAAAAAUCUUUACAUUCACAUGAAAGUCUGAAUCCUUGUAAUAAAGAAAUUUAUCUUCCCAUUAACAUAUUGGGAUGGAUUAUAUUUUGUUUUUGAAAAGGUACUUACUGUUUAAUCUCCAGCAGAGAUUAAAAUAGUUCAUAGUGUGUAAUUGAAAUUCACUGAAAUACACUAUUGAAAUCAAUAUUUGUAGUGAUAUAUUAUGUGAAAAUUAAAAAUAUACAAAACAACAUAGGGCAACUAUAUCUGAUUCUGACAAUUUUGUGCAGGAGCUUUUAGACAAAGUUUGGCAUAUUGCUUUUAUUCCAUUAAAGGAUUUUGCUUAAGUCACUUCUCCCUUGAAGUCUUUAUAAACAAGUAGUACGUGUCCUAUUUUUUAUCUACUCUCUGCUUUAUGCCAUUGAGUUAGAAUAGAAUCAUAAUUCCCCACCUUGUCUUUCAAGUGCCCAUAGUACUGUCGUGGCCAUGAAGCUUAUUUAGUUUUUGGGCCCUUUAUUGUGUCAGUGAUAGCACUGUGUUUUGUGUGGAGCCUGAGUACUCUUAUGAAUGACUUUUCAGCACCAGAUAUAGUAUAUCCCAAUUUUCUAUUGUAUACUUUGCUCUGUGGAUCAAUAUGGAUUUUAAUUAACAUCCUAACAAAACCGUUGUUACGCUCAAAGGUCACUCUCCCUGUGUAUGUUGCCGAGAACUUGGUCUUCAGCAAGUUCCUAUCACACCAGACACUGUCAAGAACAACCAUAACUGAAAUAGCUUUUCAUUUAUCCUGAGGCAAAGGCACUGUUUUCCCUUUCUUUCUUCUUCAGUAGAUAUGCACAGAAGUUUGCUAACUGGGGGGAAGGAGCUGCAAAUCUACUAUAAAUAUCAAAGGUGACUUGAUAGAGAUUCUUGGAAGAAAUUUCCACCAUACUUGGAAUGCAGUGACACUGUUUCAUUCAACUGCUUUUCCACAUUGCGUUACAUUAAUAAUCGCCUUGCAGGUUUCUUGGCAGAUGAAGAGAAAGGGAAAGUUGGAGGAUGAUUUUGAAUGAAUGAGGAUGAAGAUGACCUGUUAGCCUUAAAGCUUGUAUGAGGUAGUCGGAACACGAAGAGCUGUGAAGCUUGAAGAUGCAGUGGACGCCGGAGCAUGCCCAGUGGCCAGAACAGCACUUCGAUAUCACUUCAACCACCCGGUCCCCAGCCCACAAGGUGGAAGCUUACCGGGGGCACCUGCAGCGCACGUACCAGUAUGCCUGGGCCAACGACGACAUCUCGGCUCUGACCGCUUCCAACCUUCUGAAAAAGUAUGCAGAAAAAUAUUCCGGGAUUUUGGAAGGCCCAGCCGAGCGACCCAUCCUCAGCAAUUACUCUGAAGCUCCCUCAGGGCUGGUGAAUGGUCGGAAGAAUGAAAGUGAGCCUUGGCAGCCAUCCUUGAACUCGGAGAGCGUGUAUCCCAUGAACUGUGUCCCAGAUGUCAUCACCGCCAGCAAAGCUGGGGUAAGUGCAGCCCUCCCUCCCGCAGAUGUCUCAGCCAGCAUCGGGAGCUCUCCUGGGGUGGCCAGUAACCUGGCUGAACCCAGUUACUCCAGCAGCACCUGUGGAAGUCACACCGUUCCCAGUCUUCAUUCAGGGCUCCCAUCUCAGGAAUAUGCCACAGGAUACAAUGGCUCAUAUUUGCAUACCAGUUACAGCGGCCAGCCAGCACCUGCACUUCCAUCCCCUCAUCCAUCCCCCUUGCACAGCUCGGGACUUUUACAGCCCCCACCACCGCCACCACCACCAGCCCUCGUCCCUGGCUACAACGGGACCUCCAAUCUCUCCAGUUACAGCUACCCUUCCGCCAGUUAUCCUCCUCAAACUGCUGUUGGCCCUGGGUACAGCCCUGGGGGUGCCCCACCACCCUCGGCUUACCUGCCUUCAGGAAUCCCUGCUCCAACCCCUCUGCCCCCAACCACUGUCCCCAGCUACUCCUACCAGGGCCACGGUCUGACGCCAAUCGCACCGUCUGCCCUGACAAACAGUUCAGCCAGCUCUCUCAAAAGGAAAGCUUUCUACAUGGCAGGGCAAGGAGAAAUGGACUCCAGUUAUGGAAAUUACAGCUAUGGCCAACAGAGAUCUACACAGAGUCCAAUGUAUCGAAUGCCAGACAACAGCAUUUCAAAUGCAAACAGAGGGAAUGGUUUUGACAGAAGUGCUGAAACAUCAUCCUUAGCAUUUAAGCCAACGAAGCAGCUAAUGUCCUCUGAACAGCAAAGGAAAUUCAGUAGCCAGUCCAGUAGGGCUCUAACACCCCCAUCCUAUAGUACUGCUAAAAACUCACUGGGUUCGAGAUCAAGUGACUCAUUUGGGAAGUAUAGCUCCCCAGUAAUGAAUGAGCACGGUGAUGAGCACAGGCAGCUCCUCCCUCACCCAAUGCAAGGCCCGGGACUUCGUGCAGCUACCUCAUCCAACCACUCUGUGGACGAGCAACUGAAGAAUACUGACACACACCUCAUUGACCUUGUUACCAAUGAGAUUAUCAGCCAAGGACCUCCCGUGGACUGGAGCGACAUUGCUGGCCUAGAUCUAGUAAAGGCCGUCAUUAAGGAGGAGGUUUUAUGGCCAGUAUUGAGGUCAGAUGCAUUCAAUGGACUGACUGCUCUACCUCGGAGCAUCCUUUUAUUUGGACCUCGGGGAACAGGCAAAACAUUAAUGGGCAGAUGUAUAGCUAGUCAGCUGGGGGCCACGUUUUUCAAAAUCACUGGCUCUGGCCUUGUCACAAAGUGGUUAGGGGAAGGAGAAAAAAUUGUCCAUGCCUCCUUCCUCGUGGCAAGGUGUCGCCAACCCUCAGUGAUUUUUGUUAGUGACAUUGACAUGCUCCUUUCCUCUCAAGUGAGUGAAGAACAUAGUCCAGUAAGUCGGAUGAGAACCGAGUUCCUUAUGCAGCUGGACACUGUACUGACUUCUGCUGAGGACCAAAUAGUAGUAAUUUGCGCCACGAGUAAACCGGAAGAAAUUGAUGAAUCUCUUCGAAGGUACUUCAUGAAACGACUUUUAAUCCCACUUCCUGACAGCACAGCGAGACACCAGAUAAUAGUACAACUGCUCUCACAGCACAAUUACUGUCUCAAUGACAAGGAGGUUGCACUGCUUGUCCAGCGCACAGAAGGCUUUUCUGGACUAGAUGUGGCUCACUUGUGUCAGGAAGCCGUGGUGGGCCCACUCCAUGCCAUGCCAGCCACAGACCUUUCAGCCAUUAUGCCCAGCCAGUUGAGGCCAGUUACAUAUCAAGACUUUGAAAAUGCUUUCUGCAAGAUACAGCCUAGCAUAUCUCAAAAAGAGCUUGAUACAUACGUUGAAUGGAACAAAAUGUUUGGUUGCAGUCAGUGAUGCUACUUAAAAAAAAAGUAAUGAAUGUUGGCACACACAGAAUCUGCUACAUAGGGGUAGAGAACCCUUUUCAGUAGUGUUAAAAUUGCAAAGGGUACUGGGAAGACUACGAUUUACCUUGCCUCUAAAGAGCCAGGGUAUACUUGAAGGAAAAGUGCAUCAAACAAGAGCUGCUGAUCUGAAAAAGCCACACAUGACAGAAAGCGCAUGUUGAUGCUCAGUUCUGUUCAAGCUAGACAAUACUCACCAAGGAGCAAGGUGCAAGUGGGUUGAUUUCAGAAGGACAUGAACCCUGUGUGUUGAUUCCAUUCUGCUGUUCUUGAGAUUUAGUUGCUGUCAAGUGCCUGAAGUGGUGCUUUAUUUUUUGUUUGCCUCACAAUUACAUUGGUGGCAUGUGCUAAUAUAAAGAGCUUUAACUUCAAACAUUAUUGGACUAAAGAGAUGAACGGUUGUGUUGCGACAGAGAGCCAGAUUUUUGCUAUUCUAAGAGCAACAGUAUUCCUCAAUCCUGUCUGUUCUGUGGUGUUAAACUAAGAACAGGUAAAACAGGGUAAUGAUAAUCUGGACCUUAAUUUCUGCAGUUCAUUUCUUUUAAUGUUCUGUCUGCAAAAACUCAGGAAAGUGAUUGUGAUUUGUACAGUACCUCAAAGGAAUGUGUUGAAAGCACUAUGUACUGCUGAGAGUUAUAGGCUAGGCUUCAAUGUUACUUUAUAUUAAAUAUGUAUGUUUACCUCAACAAUUGGAAUAUGGCAAGGAAAAUUACUUUGAAUGUAUCCAGGAAAAAACUAAAGCGUGAUAUGACUGAAGCUUUACAGUUUUUAAAAAUAGAAACAGAAGCGUUUCCCAGUGUUCAGGAAUGGUUCUUUUGCCAAUUUCUCACAUCAAACCAGAGCAGAAUGAUUUUUCUUGUUGGUAAACUGUAAGAGUUUUCAGCAUAUUGCUCCUUGAUAAUAAGGUGAUACAGUCUUUAGAAGGUGCAUAGAUGAAUGAAAGAGCCACUUAAUUGGUUUAUGUUAGCAUCUGAAACAGUCAAACGUAAGAUUUGGUAGGAUUCCGAGAGGCAAAUUACCUUAAGCUGUGACAGCUGGCCCUUGUUGCAUGGCUCCAGUCAUAGUUUUGAGGCUAUUUUGGUGAAGCUGUAGGGAGUGGAAUCAGUGUAGGUUGCUGGCAGAGCUAUGGGUUGCAGAGCUGUUUAUAGCAGUGCAGUGGACUGUGACCAAACAAACAGUACAAAUAACAAAGCAAAACUGAACCCUCAAAGUACAUUUACUUCCCUUCCCAAACUGUAAAGUUGAGUUUUUGUUGUGUGUGUAUGGCUUCAUUGUCCUUAAUGCAAUUCAUUUAGCAUCCAUUAGAAAUCUUUCAGGCUGGAGUGUGCCCACCAUUAUUUCUACCUCAGUUUUGUUACGUUUCUCUUGGAAAGCAAAGUAAGGAAUAGGGCAAAAACCACCAUCAACACAAGUCAGAUUACAUUAGGAAUGCAAACCUGCUAAACAAGUUUCAGAGAGCUGCUGUUUUUUCCCCUGAAGUCAAGUUUUUCUCUGUGUUAGUGCUCUUUCCCCCUUCCUUUUUCCUCCCCCAAAUACACAUAUUCUGGUGUCUUCCUUCUGGAAAGACUAGCUGGCAAGUGUGGCAUUUUGCUCAGUUCUCUCCCACCCCAGCCCCCCUUUCUUUUUAUCCUUUAAUGCUUUCUGUGCAACUCUUUUGGUGACAGCUGACUGAUGUUGGGUAAUAUCUCUGAGCAAGAGCAGUGUGUGUUGCAGCUGCCCAAAGCCUCUGCCAUCACAUGAACAAAACAGCCUUGCUUUUUUGAAUGUAUUUUUUGUUUGUUUACUUUUAGGAAACAGUAACGGAACUGUUGCAAAGCACUGGCAUUUAAUGUUUCUCUUAAGUAAUGUAUGUCAAGACCAUUAAAUAAAUGCACUGAAAAGCCCCAAGAAGAGAGAUACCAAUCUGUUACUAGGUCAUGUUUGUCUUCUCAAAAAUUGUACAGACCUUGUCCGUUCUGUUAAAUCAAUGGAGACGUUUAGCGUUCAGAAAGCUAAUGAGGGAUUUUGUGAUAUUGCUGGAAAUUUAUGACUCUUGAUUAUUACUUUUCUUUAUUUUUCUUUUAAUAUAUAUAUAUAUAUAUAUAUUUAGAUAGAACAUGCUAAAAACAGAGCAAAUAAACCAAAAUCUAAUUUAAGAUGGAUUCCUGGCAAACAUUUUGUCUAUCUAAAACGUUAUGUUUUAAGCAUAAAAGUACCAUUUUUAAAACAGUGCCUUUCAUUAAGGAUACAGAAAGUAAGACUUAAGUACAUCACCUGCUUUUCUUCUUUUUUUUUUUUUUUUCUUUUCAACAGCAAUUACAGUCUAUGAUCCUUGUUAUGACCGUCUUUCUGCUUCCCCAAACCUCCACAGACUGCUUCUUCACCCCGGUCAUUCCACCAUCCUCAUAUUUGGGAGAUGCUGAUGUCCCCAUUAGCUCUAGGUUCACACUGAUCACACUGGCAAGUACACUCUUGCAGAUUGCUGACCCAGUUUCUGUCUUAGACAUUGCCUUUCAUAUCUGCUUUUGAGCUGCGCUCAUUUAAAAGGCUCAGAUAAGUUUUGAUAAACUCUUUCUCCCAACUAUACUCCUAACAGAUUUUUUUUGCAGCUUGUAAAAUGAAAACUACGCACAGUGUUUUUUUCCUGCUCUUUUUAUCCUGUAGCAAAACCAAAAGCAAACAAAAUUAUAGACAGUCCCUUUGGCUUCCAGCUUUAAGUCAUUCUCUUUGAAAAGUCACUCUGGGAAAUGGAUUUUUCAAAUGUUAACCAAAGUGAGAAGCAGGCAGAAACUGAAAUGGUGUGAAAGAUGCAGGUUCCACACACACAUGCUCACAUUGUCCAGGUCUCAAUUCAGCUUUGGGGCAGCAGAAGUGCAAAACUUCACCCUAUCAGAGCUGCUGUGAAGGGAGGAAAACAGAGCCAGAUUGUUACCCAAAUCUUUCCUUAUCAGCAGCUGUCCUUGGUAUAGUUUUGGGAGGGUGUCUGUUGAAUUUGGUGAGAGCUUGGCCAGGAGCUGCUAACAGGAGGUACCUCAACCCUUCUUCAAGCUUGGUUUCUGUCCAGUCCUUUGAUGGAAUUCCGGCCGGAGCUGGGUAAAUCCCCUGCUGUGUCCUCUCCUUCUUACUGCUUUCCUUCCUUCUCCCCCACAUUCAGCCCCUGUUUUGUCCCUAGUGAGCAGGUUUUGGCAGGCUGCUGGUCCUUCACCCUCCUCAGCAGCCCUCUAGUCAAAGAGCGUCCAGGAGGCUGAGGCACAAUCCUGAACUUGAGCGGGCUCCAAAGGGUAGGAUUGGUUUUGAAAAGAGAGACAAAAUAUGAUUUAAUGGUGUUUUCAGGAUGAAAUAUUUGCUGUCUUAGACAUUUCCAUGGUAGAAAACGGUUUGUUGUCCUUUACAAUUGGACAAAGCUGGAGGCCCCUGCCAUAGAAAUGUCCGAUUGGUUGCCUGGGUCUUCCUGCCGCUGGCACAACCCUGAAUUUUAAGGAACCUGAAAUGGUUAAAAAGCAUCUGCUGUGUCAGGCUAUCACUGCAGAUGCUUUACGUCAUGUUUUUAUGUGUGGGUUCUAUUCUGCAUCAGCUCCUUUUCUUCCUUUUUACCCUCAGUAACAAUUCCUAUAGCAACAAAAAUAGAAUAAAUUGGAGGAAUAUUCCUGCAAGCUGAAGGAUCAAUAUCAAUUCAAGGACGAGUUCAUAAUGACCUUAUGUGCAACAGAAAUGGAAAUACUCUGUACUUCUGGCAUGUUUCUCUUCAAAAUAUUUAGACCAUUAGUGACAAUAUAUAAAAGUUUGCUGACUGAGCUGAUCAAUGGAAUGUGAAGGCAGUUUACUUUAAGGCUAUUUACUUUCACAUGGAUUAUUUAUCUAUUAGUCAGUCUGUGUUCUACUCAAAUGCAGAUAGAUGGGCAAAAUGUUUUCUUGAGCAUUACAAACCUACCAAGGGGAAAAUCAACCAUCUGACUAAAAUACAUAGGCUAAACACCAUCUGGGUGUCUUUACCAGCUAUUUGGAGGCUGUGCUCUGUAAAAUGGUACAAGGUCAUAUUUAGGUAGAUUUUCAUAGGAUGUUUCUUUAGGGGAUUGUCUUGGUAAAGAGUAACAAAUUAAUUCCUGCAUCAAGAUGUUAAUACAUUGAAAGAAAAUUUGGGGAUAUGACCAGGGUUUUCACUGUCUGCAAAUACAAAUUACUUCAGGUAAAGGGCUGUUCUUAUAAUCCCCCUGCAUUUUUCUCUCAAGCACUCCAUCGUGAGGGAAAGUUUAUUACUCAGAUCUGAAGGAUACACUUUGUCACAAAACAAGGCCACCAAAAGUUGUAGGGCCUCCUACACUUUCACUUACACCAGUUUGAAGGUGGUAUAACCCUUUUGACUUAAAGGAAUUACUCCUGAUUUCUGCCCUUAUUAGAAAAGUCAUCCCUCCAAUGUAUAAUAAUCUAUAUCUGUUGGUUUUCAUCAUCAGCUCUGAAAGCUAACCUUGUCCUCACAGCACUAACUCCUCUCCAUCUUGUAUGUGUGCAUGUGUGUAUAU